UCACUGCAUACACACAUCACCACCACCAUCAUCAAUCACAACACCCAACCAUGGCGUCUUCACUCUUCAUCCUUGCCCUCCUCCUCACCGUCGCUGCAACCGACGCAGCCACCAUCACGGUGGUGAACAAGUGCUCCUACACGGUGUGGCCAGCCGCCAUCCCGGUGGGAGGCGGGACCAAGCUCGAACCAGGCCAGUUGUCCACAAUCCACCCGCCCGCCGGCACAAAUUCUGGUAGGAUCUGGGCGCGUACGGGCUGCAAAUUCGACGCCAGCGGCAAGGGGUCUUGUACCACGGGAGACUGCGGCGGCGUGCUGGCCUGCCGUGCCGGCGGGAAGCCACCCGCCUCGCUCGCCGAAUACACUCUUGGGACAGGCAGCAAUGCUGACUUCUACGACAUCUCCCUCGUCGACGGAUUCAACGUGCCGAUGAGCUUCGGGCCCGUCGGCGGCAGCUGCCGCGCGGUUAGCUGCGCUGCGGACGUCAACGCAAAGUGCCCGUCGGAGCUGAAGGUGGACGGGGGCUGCAUGAGUGCCUGCGGCAAGUUCGGCACCCCACAGUACUGCUGCCCGGCGCCAAGUACGCCGGCGACCUGCGGGCCGACCAGCUACUCGCGUUUCUUCAAGGGGCUCUGCCCAGACGCCUACAGCUACGCCUACGACGACAAGAGCAGCACAUUCACCUGCGCCGCCGGAACAAACUACAAAGUCACCUUCUGCCCGUAGAUCCGUCAUCGUCAUGCAUAUUCAUGCAUGCUAGGAACUGAAUUUGGUUUGAUGAAUAAAUAUGUACUGAAACUAGAAUUAGAAUGAAUGAAUGAGGUAGUUUCCCAAAAAAAUGUUGUCAAAUAAUUUAUAAAA